AUGUCUCCGUCUAUUGCUCCAGUCCAGUCCAGCCCAGUCCAAUCCAGUUCAGUCCAGUCCAGUCCUGGCAACUGGUUACCGCUGAGGAAAGACACAUGGAGAGGAGAGAGAGAAGGAACAAGAGAGAAGAGGAGAGGAGACUGGACUUGCAGAGGAGGCGAGGUGAGGCGAGGCGAAGCCAAGCGAGCGCAGCCAGGCUCAUGCGAAAGGAGUGAGUGGGCGCUUAGCUUACGGAUGCCUUAG